UUGCCUGGUGUGUAUUUAGCUUUAUUGUGCAAAGAUAGUCGUGGAUUCGGUCAUCCGUCGCCAAAAAUUUUAAGUGCAAGCAAUUUUUAGCUUUUAUUACGUACAUUAUAAAGCACUAAUGAGCGAAAAUUAUAGGGAAGAUUUCGUAAGCAUUAAGAUCUUGUUUUUUGCUAAAGCACGCGAAUUGUCCGGUACGGGUUCUGCAACAUUUUUGAUAAAACGCCAAAUACUUGCAUCUGAACUAGCGAACGAGAUCUGCAAUAGCUUCAAUCUACAUUCUAUCAGACAUAGUUUUAUAAUCGCUAUUAACGAAAUAUACUGUGAAGAUUUAACGGAAAGUUUAGAACUUCAUUCAGGGGACGAAAUUGCAAUUAUUCCACCAAUAAGUGGUGGCUAA